AUGCAAGAGACGUACGGCUUUGUGAUCGAGAAGCUGUUGGCCCACGAGUACGACUCCGACGCCGAGAACUACGAGUGCAACUUUAACCACAGCUUUUACUUAAGGGCACAGAUGUUGGCGCCGAAGAACGGCCGCAGCUAUAAUCAGUUGGCACUGUUGGCUAUGUAUCAGAACCGCCGGUUAGACGCCGUGUAUUAUUAUAUGCGAAGUCUGGCCGCCAGUAAUCCAUUUUUGACGGCCAGAGAGAAUCUGUUGACCAUUUUUGAUGAGUGCCGCCGAAAGUACGAAUUAAACGAAAGGAAACGCUUGGUUCUGAACCUCCGGUUAGCGGCGUUUGCCGCGCUUCUCAACCUCUCAAACCGGCGGCUAUUCUUAGCCGAGCUCUAA